AGUUCCGCUGUCUAGUCUUACUUCCCACUUCAGUCAGGCAGUCCAAUGUUGCGAACCCUGUUUUUAGUUUGUCUUUUUUGCUCCUUUUCUUCUGCACGCCUUCAAGAAAAGAUAGUGCGGGGACGUGUCGAUCCCGCAGGGCGGACUCCGUACUUGGUCUCGCUGAUGUACAAACUGCAACACUAUUGCGGAGGUUCAGUUAUAGCCCACAGAGUUAUCAUUACUGCUGCGCAUUGUGUUACAGGAAUGAAUCCUCGCAAUAUGGCUAUCCGGGCAGGAACUACCACACGCUUGUACGGCGGAUACGUUAGGAAGGUUGCCGGUUGGAAAAGACACCCCAAGUACAACAAAAAGAGCACCGCUUAUGACGUGGGAUUGGUUUACUUGAAGAAAAGUCUUCCGUUUAACAACCGCGUGAGACCAAUCAAACUCUUCCAGGGACGACUGAGGAAAUACGAAAAAGGCAUAAUCGCUGGAUGGGGAACUACUAGUGAUCGUUCACAGAAAUUGCCAAAAGUCGCAAAAAUCGCUGCGGUGCGGAUAACACCUCGAAGGAAAUGCCAAAGAGCUUACGGGAGAAUGUUAAAGCGUACAAUGUACUGUGCUGGAUUUAUGGAUGGAGCUCGGGACGCGUGCGAGGGUGAUUCAGGUGGACCACUUGUCAUCCGUGGACGUCUGGCUGGAAUUGUUUCAGAAGGCAAUGGAUGCGGUCGAAGAGGAUUCCCGGGAAUAUAUACUAGAGUUCCGCUACUGAAAAAGUGGAUUAAAAGGAAUAUGUGAAAAAGGAGUGUUUUUAUACCUGAAGUUAGUGGUUGCUAACCAUGGCAUUGCGUGAUAAGUAGUUAUUGGAAGUAAAGAAAGUAAUUGAAUUGGUG